UGCUAUACCCAUGGAGAAAUAAGCAUGGGGCCAUCGAAUGGAGACGAGGAAGAAAAGAGUGUAAUCCUGAUCAGUGAUGAUGAAGCCGAGAACCCACUUGGGAGUUCAGUUGUGUUAGUAGACGCUCCGGAGAAGACGGUCCUGGAAGAGGAGAAAUCUGGAGAGGUUGUGGAUGAGGAAUGUGAACUAAUGGUUACUUUCUGUAAACAAGCCAAAGUUAUGCCUCAUGCAAGAUACGACUGUACAGUACAUCCAUUUGAGCGAAUGGAAUGUGAUACAUGUUCACCCCUUGGAAAAAAUGCUGAUAUUUGUAAUCAGUGCUACUGCUACAUUUGUGAUAAACUAGCUUCUGAGUGCCAGAACUGGACAACCCCUUCCCUCUGUCAUUGCAAUGCACAUAACAAAAGCAAAUUCUGGAAGGACCAGCGUGACUUUGCCUUGGCUGGUGUUCUUGUAAUGUUCAAUUUGGAGCUCACAGACAUAGAUGCAGACCUCCGGCAUGGUGGAAGUCUUCUAAUAAACUUUAUCCAUGAACUUUCUGUGGAAUAUAAUAAGUAUUUGGUUGGAGAAAGAAUGCCUCCCAAACGACACGAAUGCUUUUGUCUCCCAAAACUGCCACCUGGGCGAUGCAGUACCUGCAAAUCACGCCAUAUGGAGGUUGUAUACAAGUAUUCUGGAGUUUUUGCACUGGUAACAAGGUUUUUAAAUCAGGCAGAAAGAGAGAAUCCUAAAGCUGCUGCUGUCAUGUUUCUGGGAGCAGCUAAAGAGAUAGCACUUCAUAAAGACCCUGCUUUAAGCUGGCAGAACCUUGGUCAGACUGCUUCACUAAAGAUUGCUGUCCCUUGUCUGCUGCAAAGGAUCACAACACAACUUCAAAGGAUGCUGGUGUUAUGUGACUUCCCCAAAAGCUUGUAUGAAAAAUUUGUUAAUUUUUUUCAGUCCAUAUCACUUCCAUGUCACUGUUUUGGCUUCUCAAAUAGCUUAAAUGUUGUACCAUGGGACCAUGUAUUACUGACCACUGUUUUAAAAGGCCAGAACGUUACUGGCCAAAGAACACAGAAAGGAAGAAAAGUAUUUCUGUGGGAAACACUCCCUGUUAUACAGGCUCGCGUGGAGAAAUUGGUAGACAAAACAAACUAUAAAGAAGUUGUUCGCUACCUGAGAGCUGUGAAAUGCAAUGAUAGCCAAGGGUUAAGAGACCUUAGGGAUAAAAUCCCGUUCUAUCUGUGUAAAACUGGAGACUUCCUUGAUGCUGCACAUUCACUGUUGUUUCCAGUCGACAGCCUUGCAGGCUGUACUGCCUCCCGGAUAACACCGUUACAAUUUGAAGUCUACCUAAAGAUGUUCAGAACAGGCAGUGUCCCCAGUGGAAAGGAUUUUCAGGACUCUGGGCCUUGGGUUACAACUGGGUCUCCUUUGAAAGAUGGUGUUCUAAUUAAGCAGGCACUCAAACUGCUUUACAGGAAUCUGUUGCUAUACAGGAAUCCCAAAUGUUGGAGUUCUCUUAUCAUGAUUUUGGGCAGUAGCAGUUUGCUGGGAAGAAACGGAUACCUACAUCCCUUGUCACUGAAAGAGCCACCACUUGAAUUCCAAGAGGGGGUGCUGGCUGCCAGUAGUGGUCUUUUGGAUGAACUGAAGGCAAAAGCUAAUAUUUCUUUACCAUCUGCUAUUUUCUCUCCUCAUUUGCACCGUGAGGCUUGUCUUAUUCUCGCAGUGCAAGCAAUACAGCAGAUGCUUUUCUGUGAUCUUCCAUACUUGACUUCCUUCCUAGAGAUAGCCCUGGCAUUUGGGAAUAACUUCUGGGCUCUGAAGCUAUUAUUAGACCAUCUUUCCUAUGAAGAACAUAUUCUCCAAGGCACUGUCAACUUGAUCUUGAGAGAUCUGAAUUGUCGAAGAGCAACGAUGCUGAAACUGUGGCAAAACCUUGGUCCUCAGUAUGUGGGUGAAUUCCUGUGCCUGUUCCUGACUUGCAGACAUAAGAAGAUGCAAUCCAUUGGCCUGUUCACUCUGAGUAUUAUUACAGAGAACCUGCAUAUGUGUCCAUGGGCAAAGCAUCUUUGCAACUUCUUUCACAAUGCAGGAUUAAGGCACCUGCCUCUUGGCACCACAGCUCAUCAUGAAGUCUCCAAGUUCAUAAACAUUUUGGAAAAACUGUAACUUAGCAAAAUUUGUAAGGUUUUUUUUUAAUUUGUUUUAAUCUAAAUCUCUUCCUAGGUUCUCUUGCAUUUUGCCAUGAUUGUCGUCUCUUCCUCCCUUUAAAUACAUUCAGCUGAAGAAUUGACUUCAAAUCUAAAAAUCCUAGAUUUAGGUGAAUGGUGGCUGUAUUUCAGCAAAAGUGUUCCUGAAAUUUCCUUUCUUUCAGGUCCAUGUAUUGAGCAGUUCUUUAAGAGUUAAAGGUCAUAAAUCUAAGAAGAAUCAGCCUACAGAGAUGCUGUUUGGGAUCAGGCCAGGGGGGAACAGGGACAAAGUAGGAAGCACCACAACUCUUUGCUUCUGUUGUGUUGCCCAAAUGGGGCUCUGGGAGAGAUGUCUGCAGCAGAGCAACUGCUGAGGAAGUAGAAGUUUCCAAAGUAAUGGAAAGAGUACAACAGUAUGUGUUAAAAUGUUGUUUGCGUUCCCUCCUUUAUUGGAUAUAUAAUUAUAAAAAAACAAACCACUCUUCAAGUAGUAUCUUCAGCCUCCAUUUUUUUUUUUUAUACCUGCUUCAAGAAAUCAGAUUCAGAAAGGCCUAAUGCAGUAAAUAGCUUGUUUUAUUUGUAUAUAGAAAAUGUAGCUUUCUGGGGUUUUCAACUGUGGGACUCUGUUUUUUUACUGCAAUACUACAAUAGAUGACUGUUAGGCUGGUACUGAUGCCUCUCUUGGUUACUUAAACUGACCAUUAUAAGGAUUCAACAGUUAACUUUUGAACUGUGGAUUUAGAAAUAGAGUGUAAUCAGGCCACAACUAUCUCUCUCUCUCUUUUUUUUGGUUUUUUUUUUUUGUUUUUUUUUUGUUUUUUUUUGUUUUUUUUUGUUACACUGUGAUACCUGUCCGCAUUGGUUUAGUGGUCAGGGGAAAAAAAUACUAAUCUGUGAUGUACCAUAUUUUGCACACUUCUGGCUUGCAGUGGCUUUUGCAGCUUCUUUAUCCUGAGUCAACUAACUUAUUCCAGUUUUCUGUAAAAGUGUAGAUGUAUCUAAAACAACAAAGUGUUAAAUAAAAACUUUGUAGAAAG